CUCUAUCUGGUAGGCCAGCAGUGCAUCGGCGGAGCGAGUGGGGAACGGCGAUUCAGUGGAGAGAGUGCCGGUGCGUAUUCGCCACACGCUGCGUGCGACAGCAAGAAGCGCAGGUUGGGCGAUCGGCGAUCGGCGCGGAGGACAUCAUGGCGAUGAAGCGGCGUUUGCUGGGAGGAUAGAGCGAGUAGUGCUGUAGCUCGAGCGUGGAGCUGUCGUCAGUAUUGCUCUGCCUACCGUCGAUAAACAUGAAUCUUGCAACAUGGAACCGAUAAUCUGCGAAUCAUUCAUGCCGACCUUCGAUUGGGAAAGAGCGGCGAGCCGACCUGAGACUUCAAAUAAUUGCUACAGCGCUCGAUCUACUCGUUGCACGGGGUGGGAACCGCAUCCUUGUUGUCACUGGAAUUUCUCGAUCAUGAAAAGGCUCGGCAAGCGGCCAAACACGAAGAACGCUGCAGUAUUGGAGCUUGCUUACGGAUGCCGAAAGCUCCAGGCUUUGCAAGGCACACAUUCCUGUAAAAGGUCUGCGGUGUCUCAACGCUUCUCCAGAACCACACCCAUCGUUCUAGACAUGCUCAAAGAAGCGCUGGUGGAGAAUAGCUGUUCGCAGACCAUGGCGGCCACUCAAACCAAAGAAGCAUUCCGCGCGAGGGAAGACAACGGUGCUGAAGAGCUUGGUAGGCAGGACGAAAAGGAUGGCGGCGCGCCCGCUGCUCAUUCCGGCCAACAAGAGAACAAGAGAAUGAUGUUGUUGAAGCAGGACCGUUUGAAGGUCACGGUCUCUUGGCCCUGUCGAAAGAGAGCGCGAACAGUAAAAAGAUGCACGCAAACGUCUGCACGACAACAUGAGCGAGAUCAAUACAAUUACAAGAGAAUGCGCAGUGACCCAAUCACCGCUCUACGCUUCGCUCUGACCCUGCCUAUUUGGUGACAGACUGAGCGGAAGGAUUGAUCGCCGUGCACAAGGCGGAGAGGAGCAGGUUGAUAUCCGGUCAAUGAGCUUCAAGACCACCUAUGCACCACCCUGGGCUCAGCGUGGCUCAACCCGGGAACUUACCGUGAUACUCAGUGAUGUGACAGUCAGAAUGAAGUCACCAGAGAUCAGAACAGCCUCGAUACGGCGGCAGCAAGCAUAAGGGCCUAAAGAUUCUGUGCCCUUCGACUUCCUGGUGAGCGCUUGCCGCAGCGUGGUAGCCCCAGGGAGAAUCUGUGGGGAAGCAGUGCACCCGUCGGAGGACCAGCACCUCAAAGGACACUUUCGAAUGAUGUCGUAGAACGAGAAUGCAGCUGAUGACAUCUUGAUGGCGAGCAUGGAGUGAGCUUGUACCAC